AUGACAAUCGAAUUGAAGGUCCAGGUCGUGGCUAAAGAAACCAUCGGACCGUCGUCGCCAACGCCACACCACCUCAGGAGUGUCAAGCUCUCUGUCUUCGACCAACUCGCUCCCAUCCUCUACACCUCCGUCCUCCUCUUCUACACCUCCAACGCAAACACUUCGUCUCGCCACCGAUCGAGCUGUCUCAAGUCGUCGCUGUCGAACGUGCUCACUCGCUUCUACCCCCUCGCGGGAAGGAUCAGGGACAAUCUCUCCGUCGACUGCGAUGACGGCGGCGCCGAGUUCGUCGACGCCAAAGUCAACCUCCCUCUCUCCCACAUCCUUGACUGCCCUUGCCCGGUCUUGCUGCGUAAGCUCCUCCCGAUUGACAUGGAGUCGCCUGAGGCCUCCGCCGGCUGCCUCUUGCUUGUCCAGGCCAAUGCCUUUGGCUGUGGUGGCCUCGCGGUCGGGGUCUGCGUUUCCCACAAGAUCGCUGACGCCUCCACCCUAAGCACCUUCAUCAAGGCGUGGUCCGCCGCCAGCGCCGAGCUCCUCGGCAAUGUCAUCGUUGAUAUUGAAUUCCCGCCGCUUGACACGGCGUCAGCACGGUUCCCACCACAGGUAGAAUUGGCUGCCAUGUCACCCACGGUGGUGCUCCCGAAGGCGAGGUGCGUGACGAGGAGGUACGUGCUCGACCCGGCCAAGAUCACCCCGCUUGCUGCCAGUGAGGCUGUGCCGGAGCCAACCCAGGUGGAGGCCGUGGUGGCCCUCGUGUGGAAGUGUGUAGCCCGCGCUUCAAGGACGAACGACCCCAGGCGGCCGUCACUGCUUUCUCAAGCGGUGAACCUCCGGGGGCGGCUCGCAGAGCCGCUCCCAGAGACCACGGUCGGGAAUUUUGUCGGGGGAUUCAAGGUGGAGAUCCCGCCCCAAGCAGAUGAGAGGGAGAUGGAGCUGAAGAAGUUGGUGAGCGACAUGAGGGAGGCGAAGAGGGAGUACUUCGAGAACUACACGCCAAGGCUAAGCGGCGGCGGAGUAAGCUGCAUGGCGAUACUCGAGGCUGCUACCGAGUUCGCCACGCUGAUCAACAGCGGAGCUGUCGACUUCUACAACUGCAGCAGCUGGUGCGGGCUCGGGCUCUACGAGGCCGCUGACUUCGGGUGGGGGAGGCCGGCGUGGAUCAGCUCCGCGGGCGUGGAGUACAAGAACAGCAUUGUCCUGGUGGACGCGAGGGGCGGUGGCCUGAUCGAGGUCUGGCUGACGCUGAGCCGAGGGGACAUGGACGCGCUCGACGCCGACGAGGAGCUGCUCCGGUUCGCUUCCUUAAACCCCACCGUCUGCGGCUCGUGCAUUGCCUGA